AUGGUGUUGCAGGCAAUUCAGUAUGAGCCCGCUUCGGGCCAUUCCGGGCCAGCUUUGCGCAUCCUCGAUCAGCUCCAGUUGCCUCACCGAACGACGUAUGUAGCGAUGUCGACCUGCGAAGAAGCUCAUGCCGCUAUCAAGCAGAUGAAGGUUCGCGGCGCACCAGCAAUCGCCAUCGUCGCUGCCCUGGCCCUUGCUGUUGAAAUUGGAAACGAGAUCGUCGCGCGGAGAUUACCUGCUGUGCCAAAUGAUGUUAAGGACAGCAUUGCCCAGCGGUUAGAUUACCUCAAGACGAGCAGGCCCACGGCAGUCAACUUGGGCGAUGCUGUUGGGAAACUGAAAAUUGUGACGAAGCGAGCGACCUUACAAUCUGAAGCAUCUGCGAAGUCUGUCGCUGAAGCAUAUAUUUUGGCUGCAGAACAAAUGCUGGUUGACGAUGUGUCUGACAAUAAAGCCAUUGGUGAGCAUGGCGCCCGGUGGAUUGAAGAGAAUACUGUGGCAGGGAGGAAGAGGAAAGCAGACACAUCUCAACAGCUUGAAGUCUUGACACAUUGCAACACAGGUUCCUUAGCCACUGCAGGUUACGGUACCGCUCUCGGUGUGAUCAGGUCACUAAGAAGCGCCGACAUGCUCACCCGGGCGUAUUGCUCGGAAACUCGGCCGUACAACCAAGGCUCGCGAUUGACUGCAUAUGAGUUGGUCCACGACGAGAUCCCGGCCACGUUGAUCACAGAUUCAAUGGCUUGUGCGUUGAUGAACAAGGAGGGAGACCGUCUAGCCGCGGUUGUAGUGGGAGCGGAUCGUGUUGCGGCGAAUGGCGACACAGCGAAUAAAAUUGGAACUCAUUCUCUAGCUGUGCUUGCACGCCAUCAUGGUGUUAAAUUUCUGGUUGCUGCUCCCAGAACCACCAUCGACCGAGACACAGCUUCAGGUGAAGAUAUCGUCAUCGAGGAACGGGCGCCGGAGGAAGUGACAAGGAUCAAAGGCCCAAAGGUCACCGCGGAGGGAAAGCUACUCCUGGACGAAGGCUCAGAGGUGGUGAGCACCGCUGCGAUUGGGAUUGAGGUAUGGAAUCCUGCGUUCGAUGUGACCCCUGCCGAGCUCAUCGAUGGAGUGAUCACCGAAGUUGGCGUUGUUGAAAAGGUCAACGGGAGGUUCAACUUCGAACCCAUCUUCCAGCAGUCGUGA